AUGGAUAACAUCACACUUUCAUUACUUCUAUUUGAAUUUUGCAGCUGCACCCGUGGGACUGAGGGACCGAUAAACACGAGACUUCCUCUCGCGAAACGAAAAGCAUCAACCAACACUGAAUCACUCCAAAAAACAAGCAGGAAUCAAGCUACUUUAUUUUCUUCAAAACUACUGAAUUCCUGCAUUAUAGCCUCUGAAAGAGCACGCAGUUUAUGUGCCCAAGUGAUAGCAUUUUGUGUACUUUCUCAUAAUUUUCUCUUGCUUGGACUUAGGAUAGGCACGGUUGAUAGCAACGUAUCCUCAAAGCCUCUUUACAUAAUCUUACUGACCGAUUUCACCACUGCGCUCAGCCGACUGUUUCUGGACAGGAAAGGAGUCUCUGGGGAGGCUGAGGAAGAGAAACCUGCAGCAUCUCAAGAUGAUAAAGAAAACUGGGAUGUAACAGUUAUCCUUUUGGAGAGAGGGUUAGUGACCUAUCGGACAAUCCGAGCACUUUUCACAGAUUUCAGCAUUUACGCAGUGGUGGUCAUUUGUGGCACUUCUCUACUGUAACUUUUUUUCUUUUGUUGUUGCUAGAAGAUGCAUUUUAUUCUUCCCCAGUUUCGGCAAAUGAUGCUGAGAAAACAAAUUUAUUUGUUGGAAUU